GAGUUUCAGCCCGCUCCGACUUAAGAGCCUCCGCCGCUGCCCGGCUUUCCAGUGACUCCGCUUCCGCCACCGCCGCGGCCCUUAUCGCGAAUUUUCGCAAUUUCUCGAAUUUUUCCAACCCCCCUCCCCCUACCCCUCGCGCGAGUGCUUUCGCCAGACGCCCGCUCCUAGUGUACUUGUGCGGAUUCGACCGUUUCCAUCGCUGACGCUCGGACCUUUCACUCCUGUUCGUUAAGGUGUUGCUUGGACCAAGCCUCGAAUAUCAAGAUUCCACGACCGCAGACUGACCGGACCCAGUUUGGUCCCGAAAAUUUGAUACGAACCCGACUCGCCGCCGUCAACUCUAGUCACCCGCGCACUCCCACGCGAUCAACACUCAACACUCACCACUCAACGCUCAUCGCAUGAUCUCGUCCUCGCUCGAGCGCCUUCGGAGGUAGCUCCCGUACGAUGCGAGUCCCGGAUACUCGCACCUGAAACUGAUUUUUUUCGGUGAUUUCUAGUCUUCUUAGUGUGUGAAAAUGGUGUUCUCGAACGACACCGGGGAGCUGGAGCUCCUGGUGCGCGACGAGAUGGGUCGCGCGGCCGACUCCGUCGCUGAGAGGCUGUCGUGGAUGUUCUACGUGGCCGAUCCUGCCAAGACCUCGUUCAGGAACCACGAGGAGGUUCCACAGUAUUACAGACAGGCUUGGCCUUUAUUUUUGGCUUUUGCAGUUCUGGAAAAUCUGGUCCUCUACAUCCAGGGGAAACCAACGGUCAGAAUCAAUGAUGGUGUUACUUCCAUGUCUCACGGAAUCAUCCUCGAAUGCUCGAAAUUGGUGUCUAGGGGUUCAGAGCACUGGCUAUAUAUAUGGCUCCACCAAAAUUACCGGUUGGUUGACCUCCCGUGGAAUGAUCCGCUGACGUGGUACAUAGCAGCUAUUUGCAUAGAUUUUGGAUACUAUUGGGUUCAUAGAGCAUGUCACGAAGUACAUAUCCUAUGGGCUCAGCAUCAAGUGCAUCAUAGUUCCGAAGACUACAAUGUUUUUGUAGGCCUCCGACAGUCUUUCCUGCACCAGUGGUGUGGCUUUCUAUUUUACCUACCUUUGUCUUUCUUUAUACCGCCGUCUCACUUUUUGGCGCAUCUCCAAUUCAGCCUCCUGUACCAAUUCUGGAUCCACACGGAAACUAUAGCUAACCUAGGACCUUUGGAGUUCAUCUUCAACACACCGAAACACCAUAGAUUCCACCAUGGGAGCAAUAUAAAUUGCUUGGACAAAAAUUAUGGAGGAGUGCUGAUAAUUUGGGAUCGAAUUUUCGGAACUUUCGCAGAGGCCAAGGAAAAUCAAGAAAUCAUUUAUGGACUGGUAUUAAAUAGGCCAUCUUUUAAUCCUGUUGAUCUCCAGAUAUUUUAUAAUAAAAAUGUUUACUACAAAGUGAAAAGCAUGGACGGCUGGAAGAACAAACUAUCCGCAGUGAUCAAGGGUCCAAGUUGGUACCCGGGUUCUCCCUGGACGGGAGAGGAUUCCAAAAAGCUUGAUGUUCAACAUAGAGAAAAGUUUGAUGUUAAACUGCCAUUUUGGUGCAAUCUGUAUCUGUUGUCUCACUUUAUUGUAGUUGUCAUCGGGUUCCAAGAACUGACAUUGAGGUACAUGGCAAUGAACCCAGUAGUGGUGCUUCUGAUGAUCAGCUACAUCCUUCUGUCCCUGACUUCGAUCGGUCUCCUGUUCGAGAACCACUCCUAUGCAGGGAUUUUCGAGCUCCUUCGUUGCGUCCUGUUCCUCUUCUACGUCCAGCACUUCGGCGCCGCCCUCACCAACCCCGUGUUCCUCCAGCUCUGGCACUACCAGUAUUUCUUCAUCUUCUCCGCCUGCUUCUGGAUUCUCCAAUGCCUCAAAGUCCUGCAGAUCAGAGUCAAGGCCAAAUAAUUUCUCCACAACUGAAUUUUUUUCAAGGACGUUCGAGAAAAUGGUUUAAAAUUUAUUUUUCCGAAUCGAAACAAAAUUUCCUUCGUCCGAUGACUAUGGGCGACUAGACAAUGUCUGUAGUAGAACAAAGCGUUACAAGUUAUCUCCUCUAAAUCUCUCAUUGUUUUCUUCUUGUUGAAUGCUAUACUGAAACGCUCCUUAAACUUCCGUUGAUCACAAUAUAUACCAUGUGGACCACAUUAUGCAACAAGAAACCACUAUGUUUCUGGCUCACUUGAGAAACAACAUACAUGCCAUUGGUUUCCUUACGCAGAAAUGUGCUUUUACAGAAGAGCCAGAGAUAGUGAUUCCUUGUUGCAAAAUGUGAUCCGUAUGGGACUUCCUUAGGAAAGAAACUGAUUAAGGGACGACGAUGAAUACGAUAUAUCCUGAUUCUUUUCAGAGCCUUUGCGUGAAGCAAUAUUUUUUUAAAUGUUUGCCUAACUUACGUGUCAUAUUUGUGCAAAGACUUCCUAAAUGAUAUUUGUUCAAGAGGUCCGUUUGAUGAGACACCCAUCCACAAACAGAAUAAGCUGUGACUUUCAUGGGAAUUUCCGAGAAACACCAAAGAAGAAUGGCAGAACGAGAUUACAUCAGUGGCGUCACAUGCAUUGCGAUACAUCGAUUGAUUGCCAUUUAAACCUAUGGAAAAGGAUCGAUAAACAGGGUGUUCACAACGAACACCUUAAUAAUCGAUCCUUUACCAUAGCUUUAAAUGGAGUAAUAUCGAUACAUCAUUCUCGCCUCGCCACUGGUUACAUUACAUCCUCUCGCUUAUUUUAGAUGUAGUACAAACAUUAAUAUAUUUUAAAGAAGAGAGCUUUUGCGGGCGCCCCCAAAAACAAAGCUGAAAUAUAAUUAUUUUAUGUUGUGAGGCCAUUUAUAAAUAAGUUGACUGAAAUUCAAAAUUGUUACUUUAGAAUUUAAAAUAGUUUCUAUCAGUUAAAUGCUCAACUUUUGUAGACAUUUUCCUCUCUCUUUUCCUCAUUGAAAUUUGUGGAGGGAUAGUGAUUAUAAAAUGAUUUAUGACUAUAAUUCAUGAGAAUACGCUCGAUUGUAAUCAUGAUAACCUUUAAAAUCGACACAAGCAGGGAAACGAUACGCCGAAUCUGCAUUGAAUUUUUUAAAUAAUUUUCUAAAAUUAAAUAUGUAGGCUGAGCACCAAAAAUUGUAAAUAAUUUUGAAAAAUGCUUUGGUUGUAUGUUAUGAAAUACCACACAAAGGUAGCCAUUUUGGGUGUGCUUUUUUUAACAUAAUGAUUAGCACACACCCAAUUUUGACCGGUAUGCUGACCGGUAAAAUAGUUUUUACCGGUUUAUUUUUGCUUUAUUUAAGAUUUAAAGAUGAUUAAAUAGCGUUUGAUAGAAGCUUUCCCAAUGCAAAUUUCUUUGGUACUUUCCAAUGAAUUGACAAUGAGUAACAUAUUCCAUCCGAUAUAUUUAAUCAUUCAAGCAUAUGUUGUUUUUACUUUUUAAGUUGUUUUUAAUAUAAGUGUUUUACUUUUGUAAAUCACAUGAUGUGCCUGAGCCUUAAUACUAAUUAGGUGUAAGUUCAAGAGAUGUUUUAUCAAUAUACAUAUCGUAUUAUUUAUUUAUUUUUUAUGCUAUAUACAUAUGAAUAAAAAAAUAUUGACUCCA